GAGCCGCCACCUCCACCGCCGCCGCCACUACCGGCUCUCAAGAGUGAGGAGGAGGAGUACCGGCGGGGUGAGCGAGGAGGCGGCGGCUGGGGCGGUGGGGACGGGAGCCACCAUGUCGGAUACACGGCGGCGAGUGAAGGUCUAUACCCUGAACGAAGAGCGGCAGUGGGACGAUCGAGGCACCGGGCACGUCUCCUCCACUUACGUGGAGGAGCUCAAAGGGAUGUCGCUGCUGGUUCGGGCGGAGUCCGACGGAUCUCUACUCUUGGAAUCAAAGAUAAAUCCAAACACUGCAUAUCAAAAACAGCAGGAUACAUUGAUUGUUUGGUCAGAAGCUGAAAAUUAUGAUCUGGCUCUGAGUUUUCAAGAAAAAGCUGGCUGUGAUGAGAUUUGGGAAAAAAUUUGUCAAGUUCAAGGUAAGGAUCCAUCAGUAGAAGUCACACAGGACCUCAUUGAUGAAUCAGAAGAAGAGCGGUUUGAAGAAAUGCCAGAAACUAGCCAUCUGAUUGACCUGCCCACAUGUGAACUCAGUAAACUUGAAGAGAUUGCUGACUUAGUUACCUCAGUUCUUUCCUCACCUAUCCGUAGGGAAAAGCUGGCUCUGGCCUUGGAAAAUGAAGGCUAUAUCAAAAAACUGCUGCAGCUGUUCCAAGCUUGCGAGAACCUAGAAAACACUGAAGGCUUACACCAUUUGUAUGAAAUUAUUAGAGGAAUCUUAUUCCUAAAUAAGGCAACUCUUUUUGAGGUAAUGUUUUCUGAUGAGUGUAUCAUGGAUGUCGUGGGAUGCCUUGAAUAUGACCCUGCUUUGGCCCAGCCAAAAAGACAUAGGGAAUUCUUGACCAAAACUGCAAAAUUUAAGGAAGUUAUACCAAUAACAGACUCGGAGCUAAGGCAGAAGAUACAUCAGACUUACAGGGUACAGUACAUUCAGGACAUCAUUCUACCGACACCAUCUGUUUUUGAGGAGAAUUUCCUUUCUACUCUUACGUCUUUUAUUUUCUUCAACAAAGUUGAAAUAGUCAGCAUGUUGCAGGAAGAUGAGAAGUUUUUGUCGGAAGUUUUUGCACAAUUAACAGAUGAGGCCACAGAUGAUGAUAAACGGCGUGAGUUGGUUAAUUUCUUCAAAGAAUUUUGUGCAUUUUCUCAGACAUUACAACCUCAGAACAGGGAUGCUUUUUUCAAAACCUUGGCAAAAUUGGGAAUUCUUCCAGCUCUUGAAAUUGUAAUGGGCAUGGAUGACUUGCAAGUCAGAUCAGCUGCUACAGAUAUAUUUUCUUAUCUGGUAGAGUUUAGUCCGUCUAUGGUCCGAGAAUUUGUGAUGCAGGAAGCGCAGCAGAGUGAUGAUGAUAUCCUUCUUAUUAAUGUGGUGAUUGAGCAGAUGAUCUGUGAUACGGACCCUGAGCUCGGAGGUGCAGUGCAGUUAAUGGGACUUCUUCGUACGCUAAUUGAUCCAGAGAACAUGUUGGCUACAACUAAUAAAACUGAAAAAAGUGAGUUUUUAAAUUUCUUUUACAACCAUUGUAUGCAUGUCCUCACCGCUCCACUUUUGACCAAUACGUCAGAAGACAAAUGUGAGGAAGAUAAUAUGCUUGGAUCUAACAAAACCAACACAAUUUGCCCUGAUAAUUAUCAAACAGCACAGCUACUUGCCUUAAUUUUAGAGUUACUCACAUUUUGUGUGGAGCAUCACACAUACCACAUAAAAAACUACAUCAUGAACAAGGACUUGCUAAGAAGAGUCUUGGUGUUGAUGAAUUCAAAGCACACUUUCCUGGCCUUGUGUGCUCUUCGCUUUAUGAGGCGAAUAAUUGGCCUUAAGGAUGAAUUUUAUAAUCGUUAUAUUACCAAAGGAAAUCUUUUUGAACCAGUUAUAAAUGCCCUUUUGGAUAAUGGAACUCGGUACAAUCUAUUGAAUUCAGCUGUUAUUGAACUAUUUGAAUUUAUAAGAGUGGAAGAUAUCAAGUCUCUUACUGCACAUAUAGUUGAAAACUUUUAUAAAGCACUUGAAUCGAUUGAAUAUGUUCAGACAUUCAAAGGAUUGAAGACUAAAUAUGAACAAGAAAAAGACAGACAAAAUCAGAAACUGAACAGUGUACCAUCUAUAUUGCGUAGUAACCGAUUUCGCAGAGAUGCGAAAGCCUUGGAAGAGGAUGAAGAAAUGUGGUUUAAUGAAGAUGAUGAAGAAGAAGGAAAGGCAGCUGGGACACCAGUUGAAAAAUCUAAAACUGAAGAUGAUUUUCCAGAUAGUUAUGAAAAAUUUAUGGAGACUAAAAAAGCAAAAGAAAGUGAAGACAAGGAAAACCUUCCCAAAAGGACAUCAUCUGGUGGCUUCAAAUUUACUUUCUCGCAUUCCCCCAGUGCUGCUAAUGGAACAAACAGUACUAACAGUAAGUCUGUAGUGGCUCAGACAACACCAGCAAGUUCUAAUGGGUCCUCUUCCAAAGCCACAAACCUGGCUCCAUCAGUGACAGCCACUAAGGGAAGUUUGGUUGGCUUAGUGGACUACCCAGAUGAUGAGGAAGAAGAUGAGGAAGAAGAGUCGUCCCCCAGGAAAAGACCUCGCCUUGGCUCCUAGGACACUCGCUGGGGGACUCCCAGCACACGGUCUAACUAAAGCGCUGCAGCUGCUCACUGAGCUCAAGUCUGAGUGGAAAGCUUUCUCAUGGAACUCAACACACAGAAUAGCAGAGACUGUUACCAGGUAGGAAAGUGUAGUUGUGUAAGAAACCAGGCUUCCCAAGAACUUCAUUGUUUCCUAGUAAUUAAAAGGUUUGCCUUUGGGGCUGUCCAGAAGGAGGAGGAGGAGAAAUGAAGAUGGAACCUGGGUGAAAGCUUCCAGCAUGGGAAGUCUCGGGUUUGGGGGAAGAAGGUUGAUUUAAUACACAGUUGCUGUGGGGGUCCAACUUAAGAGAAACCUGUGAGACUUCAGUACCCAAUAACAUUGCUUGUGUAAUGGUGCUGGCCAUAUUAUUGUUUUAAUCAGUUGCCUCUUUUUAAAAGAAAUUUUUAUGUAAAACAAAUUGAACUGUCAUUAGAAAUGAAGUUAUGCUGUUUGGGACCAUUUCUUAAAAGAUUUCACAGAAGUCAGCCUUUGGUGUUUGACAGGACAUACACCCUAGGUAACAGCACACACCAAUUUCUCUACACCAAGAACUUCUAAUACAGUUUAAAAAAAAAUCUGGGUUCCAAAUGUAUUGUUUUCUUAAUAGAACUUCAAAGUCAGCAUUUUUAGAGGUAAGAGCAGCCAAGAAACAGAACAGCGGUGUUCUGAAAUGGUCCUCUUCAGAACAACUGGGGAGUGGCUAGAGCAGGGUGUUUCUAAUACCAUCUCCAGUACCUCACUUUCUGCUCUCAGUAAACGUAGGUCUGGGUGUUCUCAGAGCUGCUGACAGAUACAUAAAGACCAAUAGCGAGAGGUGCUGGGUUGCGUGGCA